AUGGCAGAUAUAGUGUCGGAUUUACCACAAGUUCCUCCAAAUUCCUUACCCCCUUUACCACCACGGCCAGGUCCACGCAAUGAGGACAACAUAUCUCUGAAGCAAGAAGAACUGGCGCCUUAUAGGCCUUAUAGUAGAGGAACGACCGACGAUGUUAGCCCACCAGCCUCGGAUUUUGCAGCAACUGCGACUUCGCAACCUGCAGAUCAGGUUCCUUUCGUUCAAUACAAUGACCUCGUCCAGGAACUAGCAAAGGCGAAGAACGACCUCAAAGAGGAGAGGCAGGCACAUUGGCAGACCACGUUGGAUCUGAGACAGAAAGAGCAGACCGCGGCUGAAUUUCAACGAUAUUGGCGGGACGCGAUCAACGAACUGAACCGAUACCUACGUCUGAGUCAUGGUAACAGCCAAAUGACCGAUGAUAUCUUGGUACAACAUGUAAAUCAUCUGCGGCAAAGUAUAACGGCAUUCUCAGCGCAGUGCUUCAGCGACAAGCUUCACGACUUCAGGGCCUUAAAAUACGGAUAUGGCCUCUUCAAAGAGCACAUAGCAAUAUCGCAGAGUGAAUGGGAAGGCUAUAUGCGCUCUGCUAGCCUGCGCGCGAACCUUAUCCAGGCCUUUCUAUGGGGUUUCAUCAAUAGCGAGAUAUUUGGUAAAUUCUGCUGGAUGACAGACAAGUCGGGGUCAAGCGUAUAUCAUAUGUACGAAUCAUUCGGCCAGCUCUACGAGGAAUCGGAGGACUUGGUUCCGGAUGCACGACAAAAGUGUAGCAUGUGGCGAGCAAAUACAUGUAAUUUGAUGCUCGACACUAUGGAAUUACAACGGGACGAAGUUCAUAACGAUCCACCGGAAUGGGUGGAGAGUGUUGAAACUGUCAGCAAGGUCCUAAGUUCAUUCUCGCGAGCGAAAUUAGCCACCAUACGGGACAGAUUGCAGGAGCUAUUUGCGAUUAGUAUAAGUCUGGACCAAGCAAUCAGUAGGCAAGUUGCCAUGAUUACCUGGGACUUUGGUUCACAAAUACCCAGCCCAUUUGACCCGACACGCAUGGUACUCGAGGGUGGAUCUCAGCCGGAAGGUGAGAAGCUGGUCGCGAGGCUGGUACUUGCACCAGGUCUUCUCAAGCGCGGCAGAGCGUCAGGGGACAGGUUUGACGAGACCACACGACUCCUAAAUACGAUGGUCUCUUGUGAGUUUCCGGUGUAUAGGGUAGCCCGUGACCAAUCCCACGGAGGUCCGAGUCUCAAGCCCAAAUGGUUAGAUAGGCGCCGGGGUAAUUAG